AUGAAGCCAGUCCCUGCACCCAUAAACUUUCCAGCAUGGCUCAAGGAGAAUGGUCACCUUCUGCAGCCUCCAGUCAACAACUACUGCCUCUAUAACGAGAAGGACUUUGUCGUCAUGGUGGUCGGCGGUCCAAAUGCGCGGAACGAUUAUCACGUCAAUACAACCGAAGAAUGGUUCUACCAAUACAAGGGCGACAUGCUGCUGAAAGUGAUUGAGAGUGGCGAAACAUUCAAGGAUAUUCCUAUCAAGGAAGGCGAGAUGUUUUUACUUCCUGCCAACACCCCACACAAUCCGGUUCGCUAUGCGGACACAAUUGGGAUCGUACUGGAGCGUGUGCGUCCAAGCGAUUCUGUGGACAAGCUGCGUUGGUACUGCGACAAACACAGCAGACCUGUUUUGAUUGCUGAAACAAACCUUGGUCACGUUACAAAUCUCGGUACACAGCUCAAGCCAGCAAUUGAACAGUGGCAGCAAACAGAGAGUAUGCGAAAGUGCCCUGACUGUGGCACUGUUGCGCCGCCAAAAUGA